AUGGCAUUACGGUUUGAAGCUUCCUGUCCUGAUGGCCUGUGUCCAGGAUGGAGCGUCAUCCUAAAAGGACAAUCUAACUCACAAGCCAAUAAGUUUGAGAUCAAUUUCCUCUGUGAUCAAGAUGACAGAAUAGCCUUUCAUUUCAAUCCACGCUUUACUGAAUCAGAUAUAGUCUGCAACUCCUUCCUCGCAAACCGCUGGGGGCAGGAAGAGAGAUGCACCACCUUCCCGUUUGGCACCGAUGAGCCUUUUCAGAUUGAAAUUGAUUCAGACGAAGACUACUUCCAUGUUCACAUUGAUGACACAAAGAUCAUGCAGUAUAAGCAUCGCCUAAAGGAACUGAAGACCAUCAGCAAAGUCCAGGUUAUGAAUGAUAUCGACAUCUUCUCUGUGGAGAUCACCAAGAAAUAUUUUUACUAA